AUGAUGAAGAAGGGGACGAUCCCUUUGUCGACGUACCUGAAGAUCUACCACAUCGGAGACUAUGUCGACGUCAAGGUGAACGGUGCUGUCCACAAGGGUAUGCCCCACAAGUUCUACCAUGGCCGUACUGGUCGUGUCUGGAACGUCACCAAGCGCGCCAUCGGUGUCGAAGUAAACAAGCAGGUUGGCAACAGGAUCAUCAAGAAGAGGAUCCAUGUUCGUGUGGAGCAUGUUCAGCCUUCCCGGUGCACAGAAGAAUUUAAGCUGAGGAAGAAGAAAAAUGAUCAAUUGAAAGCUGAUGCAAAGGCUCGAGGUGAGAUCGUCAGCACAAAGAGGCGGCCAGAGGGCCCCAAACCAGGUUUCAUGGUUGAGGGUGCAACUCUGGAGACUGUAACGCCAAUUCCAUAUGACGUGGUUGGCAACAGGAUCAUCAAGAAGAGGAUCCAUGUUCGUGUGGAGCAUGUUCAGCCUUCCCGGUGCACAGAAGAAUUUAAGCUGAGGAAGAAGAAAAAUGAUCAAUUGAAAGCUGAUGCAAAGGCUCGAGGUGAGAUCGUCAGCACAAAGAGGCGGCCAGAGGGCCCCAAACCAGGUUUCAUGGUUGAGGGUGCAACUCUGGAGACUGUAACGCCAAUUCCAUAUGACGUGGUCAAUGAUCUCAAGGGUGGUUAUUAA